AUGUCGGAGGACGUCCAGUUAGAUUAUGUCAAACGAUUGCUGGGUUUCCACUCGGCAGCAUCCUUUGUGGAGGGGAAGAUUUGGGUGAUGUGGGACCUUGUAUUUAACAUCUCUUUUAGCUCACUAGCUGAUCAGCUAGUGGACAUGGUGAUUAGCUCUUCUGCUGGUUCGUUUUUCCUCUCUGCAAUAUAUGCCCGCUGCACCAGAGUUGCUAGACAUCCACUCUGGGGGGCCAUGGAGAAUUUGGCCGCGUCAAGACUGGGGCCCUGGAUGGUGGCUGGGGAUUUUAAUAUCAUCGCGGAGGCCUCAGAGCGGCUUGGGGGCGCACCACCAAAUGCACGAAACAUGGAGGAGUUUAACCACACUCUGUUUAAGUGUGAGCUUACCUCGGUGGAAUUUGACGGCCCUCAAUACACAUGGACAAACGGGAGGGUGUGGCAGCGCUUAGAUCGGGCGUUGGUUAACAGGGAUUGGGCUGAACAGUUUGCAGUUUCUCGAGUGGUACAUUUGGCGCGGGGCCGGUCUGAUCAUGCUCCCCUAUUAAUCCAGUGUGGGUCAGGAAGGAAAGGGACAUCAUCAUUCAGGUUUCUCAAUGUGUGGCCUCGACAUAGUUCCUUUCUCGGGAUUGUUCAGGAAGCAUGGGGAAAGGGAGAUACUUCGCAUACCAUGUCAGGGUUCUAUAGAAAGUUGUUAGGGGUGCGAGACAAGCUGAGGGUAUGGAAUAAGGAAGUUUUUGGACAUAUUGGAAACCGAGUGGCGGACCUAGAGAAGGAAAUGCGAACCGCGGAAUUGCAGUAUGAUACGGAGAGGACGGUGGAAUCAAAGAUUGCAUAUCAUGAGGCUCGGGCGACGUAUAUGCAUCAAUUGGCCGUUGAGUGUGGCUUUUGGCGUCAAAAAUCGAGGAUCAAAUGGAUUCAGGAGGGGGACGCAAAUACGGCUUUCUUCCAUGCGGUGGUUCGGCAACGGAGGGCCUCUAAUUACAUCUCUAGGAUUCGGGGUCCGUCGGGGCAAUGGCUUACUCAGGUUGAGGACAUCAAGAGUUCGGCAGUAUCUUUCUUUGAGUCCUUGUUCAGUUCAGAUAGGAGUAUUGAUCGGCAUCCCGUGCUGCCUUUUGACCUUCCACAGGUGACUGUAGGGGAUAAUGAGAAGCUACUGGCACUGCCAACAUUAACGGAAGUGCGCGAUGUGGUAUUCUCGAUCUGUCCAGAUAGUGCCGCUGGGCCAGACGGCUUUGGAUCAGGUUUCUAUCAGGCAUGUUGGGAGAUAAUUAAGGAGGACUUGGUGGCUGCAGUACAAGAUUAUUUUAAAGGGGGAUGGCUACCAAAAGGGGUGACAAGUACGUCAAUCGUGUUAAUACCGAAAAUUCAGGGGGCUUCUCAGUGGCAGGACUUUCGGCCCAUCAGCCUAUGUAACGUUAGCUCCAAGAUUAUUUCAAAGCUAGUGUCCAAUAGGUUGAAUCAGCUCCUUCCCCGCCUGAUCUCUCCUUGGCAGUCGGGCUUUGUGCCGGGGCGCCAAAUAAUGGAUAAUAUCCUUGUGACGCAGGAGCAUGCAAAGGAGUUGGACCGUCGGUUGGAGGUUCCGAACCUCAUGUUAAAGCUGGAUAUGGAAAAAGCAUAUGACAGAGUUGAGUGGUCCUUUCUCCUAUUCAUGCUGAGAUCGUUUGGCUUCCAGGAACCAGUGGUGGAUUUAUUCUUUCGAUUGGUCACAAAUAACUGGUUUUCUGUCCUUGUAAAUGGGAAGUCGGCUGGAUUUUUUAAAUCGACGAGGGGGGUCAGACAGGGGGAUCCAAUCUCCCCGGGGCUCUUUGUAUUGGUUGCAGAGUAUUUUGGCAAGGGCCUCUACUCCUUGUUUCAGCAAGGUCGACAUAGGUUUUUUCAGGCUGGAGGAAUGCGGGUACCAUAUCUGGCGUUCGCCGAUGAUGUAAUUGUUUUCACCAGGCUUUCACGGGAGACUUUACAAGCGGUUAGUGCCUUCUUCAAGCAGUACCAGCAGUAUUCUGGCCAGAAGAUCAAUGUGUCGAAGAGUGGUUUUGUGUGCUCGUCUGGGGUGUCGGCGGCACAAGUGGAGUUGGUGACUCGUAUACUGGGGUUCCAGCGGCAAAUUUUCCCGCUGGUAUAUCUUGGUGUCCCCAUUUCUCGGGGUCGAAGUUCUAUUGUUGAUUUCGAUGGGAUUAUCGCAAAGGUGAGGGCUCGGGUCUACCAUUGGAGUGCGAGGUUGUUAUCUAUGGGGGGGAAACUAAUUCUUAUAAAGCACGUCUUGAGUUCGAUGCCGCUAUACCUUUUACAAGUGCUUAAGCCCCCCAAGGCAGUCUUAGUGGCCCUGGGACGAAUUUUUAACUCCUUCUUAUGGGACAAAUCCCACGACGCUAAACGUACACAUUGGGCGGCCUGGGAGCGGCUGUGCUUUCCCACAGAGGAAGGUGGAUUGGGGGUCAGGUUGUUGGAGGAUAUGGUCAAAGCCUUCACGUUUAAGCUGUGGUGGAGAUUACGCCAACGGGAUUCCGUAUGGUCGGACUUCAUAUAUUCUAAGUACAUCGGGGACCGGCAUCCGUUGCAGGCGGAGGUGGCACGGCCGUCGGGGACGUGGAAACGGCUAAUCGGCAUACGCGAGUUGGCGGAGGUACAGAUUACAUGGAGUCUGGGACCAGGAAUGGUAGAUUUCUGGUUGGACACUUGGUGUGAGCUGGGCCCCUUAGAUGCAUUGGUUCCAACAGAUGGAGACAGGCCGCACUUUUUGGUGGCUGAGUUUUUGGGGCGGGAAGGAUGGAAUAGGGACCGACUACUUUGCUGGCUCCCGGGUAAUUUGGUGGAGGUCAUAGUGGAGACUCCAUUCGACUUGGAUGGGCAUGAUCAAAUCCUGUGGGCGAAGUCGGCGACCGGAUUUUUUUCUUUAAGCAUGGCUUGGGAGCUGUGCCGGCAACGUCGGGAUGGUUUAUCUUUGGCUGGGAUGAUUUGGAAUAAAGGUACACCUUUGAAAAUUUCAUUUUUUGCUUGGCGGCUGAUGAACAAUUUUGUGGCCUUGGAUUCGGUGAUGCGUAGAAGAGGGCUGCCCGUGGUGUCCAGGUGCUCCUGCUGCCUGGAGGAGGCAGAAACCUUACCACAUCUCUUCGUCAAUGGUUCGGUGGCAAGAGAGGUUUGGGGACAUUUUGCAGGUAUGUUUGGCAUUCUUCACUUGCCGUCGGAUGAUAUUAAGCUCUUAUGGAGGGAAUGGGCCACAUCGCUGAUACGCAUCUCCGCUCAUCAUAUUCGGUGUGUACUCCCGCUGGUGGUAACAUGGUUCAUAUGGCAGGGAAGGAAUAAGGCGAGGUUUGAAGGACAGGCGUUCUCAGCUCGGAAGGUCAUUAUUGAGGUGAGCAAUUUCUUGCAUGACUUGGGAAGAGCAAAAAAGAUGGACAAGACACAGUUCAACGGCGACCGGGACUGUGUAUGGGCACGCUUCGCUUCCGACGGAACUCGAAAACGACGUCCAGUGGUGGUUGCCUGGGAAAGGCCACCGCCCCUGCGGUACAAAUUAAACACGGAUGCUAGUGUGGUCAACGGGAGGGCAAGUGGAGGAGGAGUGCUCCGGGAUUCUUUUGGUAGGGUUAUCCUGGCAUUCUACAAGGAGUUUGGGGAAAAACGAGUUCUGCAGGCAGAGGCUCUAGCAGUAUUAGAGGGGCUCCUUUUAUGUGCGGCAAAGGGGUUACGUGGGAUUCUAGUAGAGGUGGACUCGGCGGUACUCGUAUCGUUAGUCAACUCUUCGGCUCAGGGAGGUUGGUUGUUAUGUAAUGUCCUGCGGCGGAUUCGGCGUCUUUUGGAUCAAGUGGCUAUGUCUUUUACACACAUAUUCCGAGAAGCAAAUGGGGUGGCAGAUAGGCUAGCUGCUCUACAAGGGGGUACCACGCAAGUUUUUGAGUCGCAUCUCCAGCUUCCUAGGGAGGUGCGAGGUUGUAUUGCUAUGGAUGCUGCCCAAAUCCCGUCUUUUAGACUAGUGGCUCAGUAG